AUGACGCUGGCGACAGUGAUGUACCAGAACCUGGGCGUCGCCAAUUCGGUCAACACCGAUUACACGGCCCUGUUGAUGUGGCCGUGGGUGGUCAAGCCGCUCUGGAGUCCGCUCGUCGAUGUGCUGAGCACCCAGCGCCGGUGGGUGGUGGCGAUGCAAGCCGUGAUCGCAGCGGGGCUGUUUGCGGUCGGGAUGGCGGCGCCAACAGAAAACUUCUUGAUGCUCACGAUGAGCGGCUUCUGGCUGUUGGCGAUCGCAUCGGCGACGCACGACAUCGCCGCCGAUGGCUUCUACAUGGCGAGCAUGCCCGAGCGUGAUCAGGCUUGGUUCGUGGGCAUCCGGAGCUCGUUUUAUCGGCUUUCAAUGAUCGUCGGUUCGGGCGCGCUGGUGGCGUUGGCGGGGGUGCUCAAUAAGGCGGCUGGCUUUUCGAUCAGCGAAUCGUGGUCGGCGGUCUUUAGCGGCAUCGGCGUCUUGUUCGUCGCCUUCGCGGCGUAUCACGCCUUUGCCCUACCCCACCCUGCCGUUCGACGUGCGGUCGAGUCACGGACCGCCCGAGACGUCCUCGUCGAGUUUGGCAGGACAUUCAGCACCUUCUUUCAAAAGCCGGGAAUCGGCCUGGCGCUCGCCUACCUGUUGAUCUACCGAUUCAGCGAAGCACAGCUGGUGAAGAUGAAGCCCCUCUUCCUGCUCGAUCCGCGGGACAAGGGAGGCCUGGGGCUUUCGAACGAACAACUCGGUCUCUUGGACGGCACCAUCGGCGUGACGUUACUGACGCUGGGUGGAAUUGUCGGCGGCAUCAUCGUCGCCCGCGACGGCCUGCGGCGGUGGUUCUUCCCCAUGGCGCUGGCGAUCAACCUCCCGAACGCCGCUUACGCGUGGCUGGCGUUCACGCAACCCGAAUCGAUUUGGCCGAUCGCAACCGCUAUCGGCAUCGAGCAAUUUGGCUACGGCUUUGGUUUCGCCGGCUACAUGCUCUACAUGCUGCAACUGUCUCGCGGCGAGCACCAGACCGCCCAUUACGCCCUUUGCACGGGGUUCAUGGCCCUCGGGAUGAUGAUCCCAAUGAAGUACUCCGGCGCCCUGCAAGAGUGGCUCGGCUACGAGAAAUUCUUCCUCUGGGUGUUGGCGGCGAUCGUCCCGAGUUUGAUCAUUACGUUGCUCGCACCGCUCCGUGAAGAACCGCAGGAACCAACCGACGAGCCGACCGAUCUGCGCGAGCGCCUCGCUCAAUUGCUGAUGGUGCGCAUCGGCUCGAACCUGCCGCCGAUCCUCCGUGUUCAUGAGGACGAAGGGCGGGUGGUUCAGCUGCUCGGCGACUGCCCCGUUGGUGGGCUGCUGCUCUUCAAUGGCUCUUGGCCCGAAACGCGCGAAACGCUCCAGCGUUUGCAGUCGCAGUGUCGGCAUCGCCUGCUCGUCGCCAGCGACAUCGAGCGCGGCGCCGGGCAGCAGGUGGCGGGGCUGACGCUCUUUCCCCAUCAACGCGCGUUCGUCGAUCUCGAAGACUCAGACGACGCGAUCGGCGACUUCUGCCGCACGACGGCGAGCGAAGCCCAUGCCGCGGGCAUCGACGUGACGUUCGGUCCCGUCGCCGACGUGAACAGCGACCCGCGGAACCCGAUCAUCGCGACCCGCGCGUUCGGCAGAGACCCGCAGCGCGCGGCGGAGCUUGUCGCCGCUUAUGUCCGGGCCUGCGAAACGGAGGGCCUGAUGACCACCGCCAAGCACUUCCCCGGCCACGGCGACACGCACCAAGACUCGCACGACGCCACGCCGCGCGUCGAAGCCUCGGCCGAAGAGCUGCGUCAGCGAGAACUCGUUCCGUUCCAAGCGGCGAUCGACGCGGGCGUCUCGCUGCUGAUGACAGCCCAC